AUGUCAAACAAGUUCGGACGACAGUAUGAUGGCCGCCUGCUUCAGAAGAACUUCAAAAAUCUUCGAGAUACUUAUGUUCGCAAAAGGAGGGAGUACGAAGACGUGCUACGGAAAAAAAGCGGUAUCGAGUCUGGAUUGCGCGAGAAAAUUGCGUCGUGGCCAUUCUUCGUACAAUUACGUUUUAUCGACCCACCGGACGAUAACGACGGGUUCGUUACCAUAUGA